AUUGUUGACUUAAUAACUAUUCACAUGUUACACGUGGUGAUUCAGACCGGUGCCGUGGUAGUGCUUACAACGUUGUUUGAAUACAGAACUAAUUUUACUAUGUUGAACCAGGAAUUUUAGAUAACAGUAUACACACAGCCUUACAGGAUGUUCACAGACAACGUAGUGGCAAUGCCAAGUCCCUGGUGUCUGGACAAUAUACUACUGAAAGAUGUCUCCCCAGAAUCAUGGAAUUAUUCACCAGAAAGAAAUACAAAUGAUGCAGAAUACUAUAUAUUUGAGGAAGCUGGAAUAGACAGAGUACGACAGUUCAAUGAUUACUGUAACCUGUCAACAGGAACCAGUGUUGCUAGUUCUGAAUGUAGUGAUGACCUUUACCUUGAUGUUGAUGCUGAUACAGAGGCUGACCUGUUUGGUGACCUUGCAUCAUCGGUUCUCAGUAUUAUACAAGAUAUAAAAGACACAGAUUUUUCUGAAGUUGUUCUUGAAGAUAUAACUGACACCGACCUUGACUCAUCAUGUGAUAAUUGUGACAGAAAUAUACCUCCAGCUGAACCAUCCAGUAUAGAUUUAUCUUGUAGUAGUUGUUCUAAUUAUUCUUCUAAAAACAGAAAACACAAGAAAUGGAAUGAAUUAAAUGAAGAUGAGAAAGUGAUAGUUGUUGACCAGCUAAGUCAGAGAAUUAGUCGUGAUCUAGGAAUUAGAGAACAGUUAGAAGUUGUAAGAAUAAUAGAUCCUAAAUCACGAAUAUCACCCACAGAUAAACAGUUCUUGAUAGAUAUAACAAAUAUGACAGAAGAAAAAAUAGAGAAAAUACAAGAUUACAUAAAGACACAUUCUUGUUCAGAUUGCCAAUCAGAUGAUAAUGGUGUAUCAACGCCAUCACCCAAAAAAAGUAAAAAGCGACAAAUGUCUCAGGAAAGGAAAAACCGCCAGCGAGCUGAUAGACAAAGACAGAGAAAAGAUUACAGACAGAUACUUAAAGAAAAACGUAGUGGAUUGUUUGUCAAAGAAGAAGUAUUAUCAAUGUCUCGGUUAACUCCCCCUCCCGAGGAAGAAGAUAUAGACAUUGUAGGAUAGCAGACAUAGAAAACAACAAAUAUCAAUGUCAGAUGGAGAAACAGUAUCGAGAAUUCAAUAAACUUUUAGUAUAUAAAUAUAAUUAUUUGAAUGUCAAAUUUGAGAGAUAGUCUAUGCAUGAUUUUGUCUUUCCUUUGAUCAGUCUAAAAUAGUUGAUUUUAAAUUAUACAGAUUAAAGUCAAUUUAAUUUUUGUAAUCCCAAACCAAACUUUUGGGGUAGAUAGGAAACAUCUCAUCUUUUUGUUCAUGUGCCUUGUUAGCACAACUCCUCUUAAACUUAACAGGGUUGUAGAACACCUAUUUUAGUUCAUGAACAAUUUUGGUCUUAAAGCCCAAGUUAAAGGGUAAAAGGAGAGGUAAACAAGCUAUACUAAAUGGUAACAUCGGAAUCAAGUUUGGCAGUUGAAUAGUGGCACUCUAGUCCUGUGCUUUUAAUUUAUUGUAUGAAAGAAAUGCAAUUAAAAAUAUAAAAAUGUGUCUUUAUAUAAAUUUUGCUGAAAUAUAUUAGUUAAAUAAAUCAAACGAGCAUUCUGGAGAGUUAGUCUAUUGUGACUUAUCUUAUUUGCAAAUAGGAAUGGGUCCAUUAAGCUGUUUGGAUUGUAUUAAUUGCACACAGUCCAGCUUAUUUAGGAUAUGUGAUAGUGUCACUUGCAUUGUUAUUUGUGAUAAAUUAAUGUGAUAACUUGAAUAUUUGAUGAUUUGUUGAUUUGUCCACAGUUAAAAUAUGAUAUAUUUAAGUAUUUGAUGUUUUGUUGAGAAAAAUACCAGCAAAUGACAUGAAUAUAUAUAUACUAAAACUUAUUGAUCAGAUGUUCCUGGAUUAUUGUUUUGUUUCUUCUACAUGCAAUAUUUAAUGACAAUAAAACAGUAGAAAUAUUGAUAUA